AUGGCCAUUCUCACCAGUCCGUACACUGUCGUCGGCGUCUGUGGCCUCAUCUGUUCCGUCUACGCCGGCCACUCCGGCAACGCCUGCCACUCCAGCCACCCCGGCUACCCCGGCAACACCGGCUACACACUCUACGGCCAGCUCACCCAUAAGCGGGUACUGCGCCACACCCUGGAAAAGGCGGCGCGGAAAUUCAAUCUUGGCUCCAACUGGCUCGCCCCGUCGGUUGAUGCCUCGGCACUCGGACUGCCUCUCAAUCUUGUCCAGCGCUCACGAGAGCAAAACCAAGUCCUUUUCGUGACAACGACGACCUCAACACUGAGCGAUACACCCAGCCUUGUUUUACGCUCCCUUGACCACCUCUACACCUUCAAGGCUGCUCUAUGCAGCUACGCCCAGACGGGCGAUCACUACCGCCUCGAGGAUGCAGUCGACGAGCUGCGCCGCUACAUCCUGGCACAGGCGCACCACGGCGGAGCCCAUUGCCGCCGUCAGCAGCUCUUGUCGAAACGGGAGCUACUUCGCCAAUACCCGACACUCUCCAGCUUCUCAGAGACUCAUCUGGCUGACGUCAACCGCAUGUACCGUCGCGCAUACGGCGGGCCUGAGCUCGAGUGCGGUAUUGAGGCCGACGGUCUGAGCUCGAGCCCGCCCGUUGUCGUUAGCUCAGAAGCGACAUCCGUUCCUAUUCCUGUUCCUUCCACAGCUGACAAGCUACCGCGGCUGUCUCUGGAAACGAAUUGUGUUGGUUCCACCGGCGGAGUAGACGCUGACGAGGAGCAAGCCACACCAACAGCGGCCCCGGCAGAGAAAGCGGCCACCCCUCCAUCCCUUACAUGGACAUCGUUCCUCAACAUCUCAUCCUCUGACCCACCCAUGCUGCUGCCACUUCUCGGUUCUGCUGCCGAGCGCCGGAACCGGUUCCGCCGCAAGAUGGAUGGCGAGGAAAGAAAGGAAGGGAAUGGCCAAGACAAGACUAGAGAAGAUGAGUCCGACAACGCCUCGGACGUGCUAUCGGAGACGUCUACUAUCGCGUCGUCGCUUCCGUCACUGUCAUCUUCUCUGCUGUCCAUCUUGUCAGAUGAUGAGGACCUGUGCACCACCCGCGGCCCCAAAGAGCUCAGCGUGGUCAUUGAAGACUCUGAGUCGCCUGUCUUGGGAGCGGUUAAAUCGAGGGUCCCAGAAUUCUGCACAAGUAGCCCUUCGUCGCCGAUCAUCCUCCGCCCAGCAUCAGCACGCCCAUUUGCCACCUCCCCAGCCAAGGUCCCGUCGUCGCCGAACAAACUGCUUCCUGUGCUGACGCUGCAAACAUCGUUCGACACAAACCCAACCAAGACAACCAAAGCGAUCAGCUCGACCGCGAACGAGAGCCCGAAGGACGGCAAGGGAGAAGAGGAGGAAGAAGAGCAGCUCACAGCCCGUCCCAUAAACAAUACCCGCAUGAACGGCGGAGGGAGCAUUUUCUUCGGUGCCGCUAGCAUCGGCGAGAUGCUGCAGGACGUCGGAGACUCGACUGCUCUGUUGUCACCUGCCGAGGAUACUGUCGACCCUUUCCACCUUCCUCGUUUCUCCCGCGCCUCUAUCCUUGUUUCACCUGUCGUUGCCGGAGCUCCUCAGCCACCCAAGGACUACGACGACAUCUCGCCCAUUACGCGCAGCGAAUGGGGUUUCUUGAUGGGCGACCAGACAGGGCGCCAAGUGACUGUCACAACGUUUUAA